AAGCGCGUCCCGCCGUGACGUCAGGGAGGGCCGUCGCGUAUAAAAGCGCGGGAACGGGCGGCGCUGAGCGGCAGGGUGUUUGUGAGGGAAGCUGAAAAUGGUGCAACUUUCUAAAACAGGAGCGAGGGACACGCUCAAAGCUGGCCACCCUCCCGCAGUGAAAGCUGGAGGAAAGCGAGUGGUGAAGAAGAGCGCUGAUGAUAACUCCAGUGUGGACAAAGAGACCAAGAAAACGGAUAAACCCAGGUCCACGCCGACCCCUUCCAGAAUGCAGCACCUGAGUCUUCUGCUGGCUGGUCCACUUGAGAAGCUGGGCCAUGAUUUCCCUGAGACUCCAGUUUCUGUGCGUCACAGCAGAGUCCGGCCGAGCGUGGAGAAACCUCACGUCCCGCGCAUCUCCAUCUGCAUUCAGCAGCCACGCAAGUUUUGAGCUUCUGACAACGUGACGCGCAAAAGACAACCAGGAUGUGUUUUUGUAGGUGAAUGAUGGAUGUGUCUUGCUAGCAGACCCGUUACUGUAGUGUGACUUCUGAUCAGGUUGUUUGUCUUUUGCGGCAUCAAAGGGUUUUUUUCCCCUACGAUUAGAGUUUGCGCUUGAGCGGUGUGGAUUUAUUAACCCAGUGUGAAUUAAAGCCGUGUCGAUGGAGAGGUUCUGACCGCUGCUUGACUUGCAUGAACAAAUGUUAAUGUGCUUGGUGCUUAAGUGUAGCGUGAAUAUGCAUGGAGUUUCUGAACUUUAUGGUAAUCAAUGAAACUGUUUUUCCUACUCUCACAAAAGGAGGCUUUCAUACCAGUAAAAUGAACUUUUUCAGCAAA